GAAGUAAUGUAAUAAUGCACGAAUUAUUCGAUUGUAUAAUGCAUGUCUAAGAAUUUCCCAAUUUUGACAAACAUUUGAAAUAUUUGCCCUUCAGCUAUGCUUGCAUCGUCUAGAAAAUUAUCGUAUCGUAUACUCAGCGUUUAAAAUACUCAAGAGUUACAAAACUGCAUGAGAAAAUAAAAAUGGAACCAUAUAGUGACCAAUGGUUUAUUUUUUUACAAAACUAGUUGACACAAUAAAUUAACCAAAUUAUGGUAAUUCAUAUAUUUCAUUUUCUUCUUUCAAACUUUUUUCCUUCCAUCAAUCAAACAAUUUGCCAAGCGUCUAAUCCAAGACAAGGUGUGAGCAUUGACUAAACGACUCUUUUAUUUUCAUCCGCCAUUCAACUGGUAUUUUGGCUGGGAAUGAUGCUUGACCUUUAUCACUAAUUAAUUUUAAUCGGCUAAGCAGCCAUUGUGUCGUGUCCAACAUGAGCGGGCAUAUGUCGAAUAAAAUUCUGGCAGAGAAUAUACACAACACUCUUUUUGCUAAAUUGGCUCAGUUGACCUAUUGAAUGUAAUAUGCUGCCCUGCACUGAUUCAAUAUUUUAAUUAAGCGUAAACUAUUUUAUGACUUGUAAAAUUUUAUGUCGUACUUGUGCUGUUGCUUUCUAACGAGAAUAUUUAACAGUUGAUCAACCACUGUGUCCAGCUACAUAUGCAUCACAUCACCAUUUAUGCUUUCGACGCUUCUUCAAAUCUGCAAUAAGUACACGAGUUAUUGCACGAUGAGACUCUGGCAAGAAGAACAUGAGCUCUUUAUUGAUUCUGAAAUAAAGUGGCCACUGGUCAAAGUCAGCGUUGACUUAUUUCAGCUCCAUAGCAUACACAUUAUUAUCCAACUGAUCAUGAGGCUAGUUAAAUAGCAAUUAAAACAUUAAAGUAAACUUGUAUUAAAUUCAGUUCACUUGAUACAGUUAUCCAAAUUGCCAACUUGUGAAUAAAGGAGGAACAUGACGGGAAAGUGCUUUUAGAAUUCUCGAAAUAAAAAUAAAAUCAGUUUUUGUGCCAACUUACAUAAAUAGAAAAUUGAAUUAAACCACUGCUACCUCAAUCAGCCAGCGAGCUAUUAUUUGUCCUUUUUCAGUAAUUCUCCCGUAUCAUCGACCAUGGACAGAUUCAGCUCAACAGUAGCUAGGAUUUGAUCCGUAGUGUAUUUCUGUAAUUGUUUGUUUAUCGAGAAGUAGCCAUUUGUUACCGGAUCAGGAAUCGACAUGGGUCAAUACGAAGAUCCGCUCAGAUCCACUUCAACCGACAUUCGCGAGCUGAAUUGCUUGACUGCGGAGGAAAACAAAGAGGAGGAGAAUGACCUUCCGUGCAACGAAUUUGAUGACAUUCUCGACAUCAUUGGGUCCCAAGGAAGAGUUCAGAAACUAUUGCUUUACGCAGCCAUCUGUCCCAUCACAGCCAUCGAACCGUUCAUAACGCUUAACAUGAUCUUCCUCCUAUUUCAACCCGAACACUGGUGCUACGUUCAUGGGAGAGACCCCAACAUUACCAGCCUUACGGACUGGAAAAACUUUUACAUUCCAUUAGACUACACCAGACCUCCUGGUUCGGAUGGUCAACCCAAGUUUUCUCAGUGCACCAUGUACAGCGAGGACAGCUCAAUUAUAAAAUGUCCUUCAGGUUGGGAAUAUGACAACACAGAGUACGAGUCCACAAUUUCAUCUGCUUACAACUGGGUUUGUGACUCCGCGGACAACCCCACCGAUGCCUUUACGGCCCAAGCAUUUGGCAAUGCUGUUGGAACUCUGGUGUUGGGCCACCUUUCAGACAAGGUGGGUAGGAAGCCAAUCUUCUUUUUGACCAUUCUAAUAAACGUGGUGUUUCGUAUGCUGAGCUUCUUUGUUGUACACAAUAUUGUAAUGUUCAAUAUCACCCAAUUUAUUGCUGGGACUGCUUUUCCGAUGAUGUUUAUUGCCCCUUCAAUGAUUCUGGCCGAAAUUUGCGACAAGGACUACAGAGGUCACGUCUACGCAAUGACCUGGAUGAUCUGGGUUGUCGGAAUGGCAGCGUUACCACUGGUCGUUUGGUUUUGCAGAGAAUGGUUUCUAAUCGGAAUUACGACGACCAUUCCAGGAGCUCUGCUGUUCCUCUACUGGUUUUACCUUCCUGAGAGCCCGAGAUGGCUUUUCUCCGUAGGAAAGUUGGAAGACGCUGCCUGCGUUCUCAUGAAAAUUGCAAAAUCCAACGAUAGGGCAGAUCGACUAACCAAACGUCAACUGGACGGCACUCUGUCACGUUUGUAUAGUUUGCAAGCUAAAAGUGAAGGCAGGACUGGGGUGUGGACGCUGUUUAGUCGGAUGAGAUUAGCAAAGAACACGGUCCUUCUCACCGUCUGUUGGUCCAUUAAUAUCGUCGUCUAUUACGGCAUAACGUUAAAUACAACCCAGAUGUCUGGGAACCAAUUUGUGAAUUUUUUCAUGCUCUCCAUCAUCGAGUUACCGUCUGGAAUGUGCGGGGCAUAUCUCGUCGAUCGUGUCGGACGAAGAUGGACCCAGGUCAUUUUCUUCUGUGGAUGCACUUUAGCGUGUGCUGCCUCUGCUGCGAUUGUGCAAUUUUUGAAUAAUCCUGUGAUUGAAAUUAUUUCAGUUGUGGUUGCAAAAUUCGCAAUAACACUAACCUUCCUAGUGGUUUACUUGCAAGGAGCCGAGAUAUUUCCCACUCAGCUACGCAGUACAGGAUCAGGAUUUGCUUCCACGGUGGGUGCGGCAUGUGGAAUCUUAGGACCAAUCAUGGUGGCACUGGGGACGUACAAUGUUAGCUAUCCUUACUGGAUCAUGGCUUCCCUGUGUUUUGUAGGAAUGAUUUCUGCAGCAUUUCUCCCCGAAACGUUAAACCAAACCUUACCGGAAACAAUUGACGACGCCAAUAAGUUUGGAAAAGGGAAUAGAUUCUGGAGCCUCCGUCCAAGCAUAGAUUUAACCAAAGAAAAUAGUAAAGAUAAACCUAGACUAAGCCAAGAUAAUCUGAAGCACUGUGAAAAGUUAACUGGCAAUCACAUUAAUAAUUAAUCUGUAUUUAAUAACAAAGUUAGAGGAAUAUUUGAACAAUUACGAAUUAAUUAUGACAUAAACGUAAUGAACCAUAUCGUAUCGUACAUGAACAAUAUGUAAUACAUACAUAUACGGAUUUUGUAACUCUUUGUCAUAUCUAUUAACAAGUCUCGUAUUACUAUAUUGCAAUAAGGAAAGGAGCUACAUAAAUAUUAUGUGCAUAGGAAAAAAUAAACAUACGUGUGUGCGUGCAUGAUAAAAAAGGGUGUAAAAUGAGAAUUGCUUACAGAAGUCACACUUAAAGAGUGUCAAAUUGUUUAAUUUUCUUUCGAAAGUGGCAAUAAAACGAGACUGUUAUGCUCUUUCUUACAACUAA